ACAGGGUGACAGCGAGAAGGAUGACUACCAGGGUGACGGCGAGCAGGGUGACGACCAGGGUGACGGCGAAGAGGAUGACUACCAGGGUGACGGCGAGAAGGAUGACAACCAGGAUGACGGCGAGUAGGGUGACUACCAGGGUGACGACGAAAAGGAUGACUACCAGGGUGACUGCGAGUAUGGUGACUUUCGGGGUGACGGCGGGUUGGGUGACUACCAGGGUGACGGCGGGUAGGAUGACGAGCAGGGUUACGGCGAGAAGGUUGAAGACCAGGGUGACGGUGAGUAGGGUGACGAGAAGGAUGACUACUAGAGUGACGGCGGGUAGGGCAUCUGUCAGGUUGAUGGCAACGAGGAUAAUGACCAGGAUGACGGAAGGUGACGACCAGCGCGGUGAAGAGGAUGACUUUGAGGAUAACUACCAGGGUGACGACCAGCAAACACAAGGACGAUGUCGCCCUUCUAUGUUGAUAUCGACAAAGAAGACGAGCAGGGUGGUGACGACCAGGAUAAUGACUAUUGUGACGACCCUGAAAAAGAACAGCAGCGCGGGAAACAUGACGACGACGAACUUAGCGACUACCAGAGUCACUACCAGGGCGACUACCAAGCUGAUGACGACCAGGAUUAUAACCAGGUAGGAAUCGGGUAAUGUUUGAAAUCAUACUACAUAAUUGUUUUCAGGAUAGUACAAACUGACAUUUAAAUGAUCUCUUCUGUUGUUGCAAGUCAUUUCAUGUAGAAAACUGCAUUCAUAACAAUAUUUGUUCGCCGAUUUUGGUGUUUGUAUCUGUGGCACUUGUUAGUGACAACUUGCUCCAUUUAAAAAGAGAUUGAUUCAACCAAUAACAGUGUAACAUACAUACCUCCCAAGAUAAUUUUUGGCAUUUUCCAUGUACAGGAAUGUUUUUUUUUAAUUCUUUUAAAAAUGUUGUUACAGCAAGGAAAAGAAAACGACGAACUGCUGUGACUAACGGUAUAAUAAAACCCCACUAAACUGACAACGAGGGUGAUGACUAGGGUGAUAACCUGGGCGGUGACGAUAAGUGACAACCAAGAUUAGGACCAGGUAUA